GACAUUCGCCACCUGGCCAUCAAUGCCGCGGGCACGUACGUUGCCGCCUCCUGCAACUCGGGCCAGGUCUACAUUUGGCGUGUUUCGAGGUCCUUGCGCAGGGGGGAGAUUUGCUUGGACCCCUUCGCCCUUUCAGUUCCAGGUUGGCUCGGACCUCUGCCCGCGCUGGCGCUGGCCUUCGGCGAUGCAACCGGGGUUGAGGAGGUCCUUGGCGUCUCUGGCAGCGACAUCUUGCUUUGCUUCCUCUCAGGGGAGUUGAGGCUCCUCGACCCCGGCGAUGGCCGAUGCGCCGGCACGGUGGUGGUGGAG